AUGCUCGCAUCUCGGCCUGAGGGCUCGAGGAUCCUGGCCGCCGUCGGGGAUGCUAUUGCAUGCCUAGACCAAAAAAAGCUCAAAAAGAAGGUCGGUUGUCUUACUUUCACGCCUGAUGAGCGAUCACUUCUCCUCGGCGAAAAGUCGGGUUACGUUAUCUGCGUUUCUAUUGAUGGGAAUAAUUCGGGCUUAUUCCAAAUCGGCGGUGAGGAUGCAUUUCUUGGACAUCUUUCACUUCUUACAAGCGUCGUUUUAAAUAAAGACGGUCGACUUAUCGGCACAUGCGAUCGAGAUGAAAAGAUCCGUAUUGGUCGCUCCUCUCAGCCUCAUGUUAUCGAGUCAUUUUGCCUUGGACAUACGAAGUUGUUUUUUUUUGUGUUUUAUUUCUUCUCUGAUGGGUUUAUUCGUCUUUGGAAUGCUCUCGAGGGAGUUGAGUUAGAUGAAAUCGAACUGGCUCCGCAUUUAAAUAAGAUUCAAGGUUGUGGAACCGAUAAUGAGACCCAAGAUUUUCUUACUUCACGUUUGAUUAUUAUCGGAUGUACAGCUGUACUUGGCGUUCGAUCACAUGAUUGUGUAAUCGCUGUGAAGCUCUCUAAUGACUUCUCUGCUUUCGUAAGAGAUGAUAGUAACGACGCAGUGAUUAGUGGAGUUCUCUGCCCCAAAAAUGAGCGUUUUGUCGACUGUUGUGUGAUCAACCACAGAAUCACUGAAAAGGACUUUGAGGUUGUUUGCAUGACGGAACCUCUUUCAAGAUUUGUGUCUUGGACCUUUGCGUACUGUAAAGAUUCUGCCUUGGAAUGGAGUCAGAUGAAGGAAUGGGAUGCUUUGCCUUCCGAAUUAAAAGCUGAGAAUGGUCAAUUCCCAAGACUACAGUUGCUGAUGGAAACGGGAAAGAGCUUCGUCAAUAUGAGCGGUGUUGCCGCCUAUGAGAAAGGCAAGGAGGAGACACACAAACGCAUCAAAGAGCGGCACCAACGUCAUCAAGCCAAACGAAAGCGGCAAAAGGCCGCGGUAGAGGAGAAGGAAGAAGAGGAAGAAAGGGGACAAGAGGAGACACCAAUUUCUUAG